CGAGAGCGCUUGAAUAAGGUCGUUGAAGUUUGUUUGCCAAAUAGGGAGCUUGACGCACUCAUCAUCGAUGCGUUAUUGCACUUCGUCUGUGCUUCCCUAAGCGAGGAUCGGUAUGGUGUGGUUCAAAGGGACAUACCACGCAUCAUCGAAGCUUUCCUCUCGUUUUUAUCUGCAAUCGAGGAGUAUCAGAUGGAAGUGAACGCGAAAUACACACCACCGACGCCCGAUGAACUAUCGCAAGGCGACACGAAAAUAUUGGAAGAAAAAGAGAUGAUCCGUGUAGAAGUUGCCAGAGCGAGCGAUGUACUCGUCGUUGUCUCAGAUGGUUUGUGA